GUGAAGUCCUGCUGGAGUCUGGCGUCUGGGAACCAGGAGCUUCCCCUGCUCCCGAGAAAGAGUGGGAGCACCUUCAGCCCCCCCCCCCCCCGGGAAGGGCAUGGCAGGCACCCCUAAAGGAGACCGUGUGGAAGCCGAGUGCCCAUUUACCCCUUCGCCCAGGGAAGAUAUAAUUCCUCUGUGGACCCUCUAAACAUCUUUUAUUUGUGGAAACAUUUCCUAUACAAUGAAGUCAGCAUCUUAGCACAACCCCAUGUUGGUAUAGCUCCGGUUCCUCUGUUUUGUCACUUGAAGCUUGAGAUCUCAGCAGCCCCCCAUCUUUUGCGAUGACAAUAUGACUAAUAGUAAAGGAAGAUCUAUUACUAAUAAAACAAGUGGUGGUUCAAGUAGUGGCGACAGUUUUGUGGACUGGACUAUACGUUUAAAUACCAUUCAGUCUGAUAAGUUUUUAAACUUAUUGUUGAGCAUGGUUCCAGUAAUUUACCAGAAAAACCCGGAAGAUAGGCACAAAAAAGCAAAUGGUGUUUGGCAAGAUGGAUUGUCCACGGCAGCCCAGACGUUCACUAACAGGUCCGAGCAACACGUGGACUACCACGGCUUCUCCGAGCAGGCCUUCCACGGCAAUCCUGGGCACACGCCCAGCAGCUGUAGCCCCAAGUACGACGACUAUGCCAACUACAAUUACUGCGAUGACCGGGAGACCUCAGAAACCACCGCCAUGCUGCAGGACAACGACCUCUCCAGCGACGGUGACGACGAUGUCAUCGUGGAAACCAACCCAAAGUUACCCAAGGAAUCCAGUGGUGUCAUGGCCUUGCAGAUCCUUGUGCCCUUUCUGCUCGCUGGCUUCGGGACCGUUUCAGCCGGCAUGGUUUUGGAUAUCGUACAGCAUUGGGAGGUGUUCAAAAAAGUUACUGAAGUUUUCAUUUUAGUUCCUGCUCUUCUUGGUCUCAAAGGAAACUUGGAAAUGACGUUGGCGUCCAGAUUGUCCACUGCAGUAAAUGUUGGGAAGAUGGAUUCACCUAUUGAGAAGUGGAACCUAAUCAUCGGCAAUUUGGCUUUGAAGCAGGUUCAAGCCACCGUCGUCGGUUUCCUGGCAGCCGUGGCAGCGAUUAUCUUGGGCUGGAUUCCAGAGGGAAAAUACUACCUUGAUCAUUCAGUGCUUUUGUGCUCGAGCAGCGUGGCCACGGCCUUCAUCGCCUCCCUUCUGCAGGGAAUCAUUAUGGUUGGGGUGAUCGUCGGCUCAAAGAAGACUGGCAUAAAUCCUGACAAUGUAGCUACACCCAUUGCUGCCAGCUUUGGCGACCUGAUAACUCUUGCUAUAUUAGCCUGGAUCAGUCAGGGUUUGUACUCCUGUCUUGAGACCUAUUACUACAUUUCUCCAUUAGUUGGUGUCUUCUUCUUGGCUCUUACUCCCAUCUGGAUUAUAGUGGCUGCCAAACACCCAGCCACAAGGACAGUGCUUCAUUCAGGCUGGGAGCCUGUCAUCACAGCGAUGGUCAUAAGUAGCAUUGGGGGCCUUAUUCUGGACACAACUGUAUCCGAUCCAAACUUGGUUGGGAUUGUUGUUUACACGCCAGUGAUUAAUGGUAUUGGUGGUAAUUUGGUGGCCAUUCAAGCUAGCAGGAUUUCUACCUACCUCCACUUGCACAGCAUUCCAGGAGAGUUGCCUGAUGAACCCAAAGGUUGUUCCUACCCGUUUAGAACAUUUUUCGGCCCAGGAGUAAAUAAUAAGUCUGCUCAAGUUUUGCUGCUUUUAGUAAUUCCUGGACAUUUAAUUUUCCUCUACACUAUUCAUUUGAUGAAAAGCGGUCACACGUCUUUAACUGUAAUCUUCAUAGUAGUAUACUUAUUUGCCGCGGUAUUACAGGUGUUCACUUUGCUGUGGAUCGCUGACUGGAUGGUGCAUCACUUCUGGAGGAAAGGCAAGGACCCAGAUAGCUUCUCCAUCCCCUAUCUCACGGCCUUGGGAGACCUGCUCGGGACAGCUCUGCUAGCCUUGAGUUUCCAUUUCCUUUGGCUGAUCGGCGACCGAGAUGGAGAUGUCGGAGACUAAAUCCCUCCCACCCACUGCCCUCAAGAGACCAAGGAGGAAAAUACAAGACAGACUCUUCCAGCUCUUUCCCGACAAAUCUCGGAAUCGUAGUUUGAACUUGUGCCCAGGGUCCUCUUCAGUUGGCUCUGAUUCAAUUAAAUGGCCUUAAUGUUUUUUUUUUUUUUAAAAAAAAAAGGAAACAGAAUGAACAGUAUUUGUGCUACUUUUCUUAGAAUAAAUGGUCCUGUGACAGGGACCUAGAUAGCUCAAACUCUGAAACCCUUCGAAUAAGUAAAGAUUAUAGAAUGUUUACAGUGAACAGUUUUUAAGCCACAGACAAGUCAGAAAUGUGCUUUCUUAUUGUGUCACUUAAAAUGCAAGACUGGAGGGAGAGUUCCAGUUGAGUAUUUCUUGUCUCACAGAUGUGUCCUCCUUACAAAGUGUACCAUAAAGAGGAAAGGGCCUGCCAACCUUCUCCUGGUUUCAGUUCAGCCCACCUCUCUGCCAUCUGAGAUAAAGUUACCAGCUACUCAUUCCCAAUGAACUGUGUUCUGCUGGACAUAUGGUAAACUCCCUUUUAUGUGCACCUGUGAAUUUCCCUGUGCCAGUGCUAAUUUAAUUCAACUCUUACAGUUGGUGGCAGGUUACCAUUUAAAACACGGGAUGAUCCUAAGAGAUCUUUAGUAAGAGGAAUGAGUUGUAUUUUUACCACUGAUGUGUUGAAAGGAUUGUUGGCAUUUUUUUCCGAAAGAAUUGAUAGUUCAAAUCAAAAGCUAGCCUGAGCUUUGAUGGAGAGAAGAUGAUGCGAGAAACAAUGCAUGUACUUGUGUGUGAGGGAGAAACAACCACACAUGGAGGGGACCCUUCAAUAGAGAACCGCACGAUGGAUUUUUGGUAACAAAGUUCAUGUUACCAGAACACCAGCAUUAUACUGGCGUUCUUAAACACAUUGCAUUGAAAUGCGUCUGUCAUUCAGUCCAGAAAUUUUGCCUUCCCUGAAUUUAGUAUUUAUUACCUGUAUUAUAAUGGUUUCUUCUUAUUUAAAAAAAAGUGCCAUUGAAUAUAGCAAAGGCGAUAAGUUUGCUUAUUUUAAGAUUUAGAAUGAGCCAAAUGAUAGAUUUUUCCUUCUAAAGAAGCCUAUUGAAAGCAUCAGGCACACUGUUUUAAAAGAGAAGUUUGUGGGUUACUUCAGUCACUGUUCAGACCUGGACAUGUCUUCUUUGUUUCUCAGAUAUUUUUCUAAAGCUAGGAUCUGUAUCCUGAGCAUUUUCAAAAACCUUGGUUAUUCCAUGGGCAAGCAUUUUGAUGCCAUAUAAAUAUAUUUAGGAAUGCAGUGCAUCUCCCGAGACCAUCAGAUACUAAUUGCACUAACAAGGGAAGAGAAGGCUCAUGAACUCCUCUCUUCAUGGUUUAAGUUGUGAGCUAGUGUAAACGUUACGUCAGCAGUAGGUUGUGUAUACAUUUAUUGGGUAAGUGUUCCUCCUAUUCAGCUCUUUCAAAUCAAGGGACUGUGGGUUAGAGUUAUAUAUUUUUGCUUAUUUUAAAUCUUAAUUAUUCCAUUCUCCUGCUUUAUAAAGAAGUUUGUAAAGCAGAGAGCUGAGCUAAUUAUAGAGUUUCUCCUUUGGAGAGUUAUAAUGUCACAUAGUGAACAUUCUUAUAAAAGAAAGAAUGAUUAAGUUAAGUUGAUGGCUAUUUUAGUUGCAAAGAUUUUUUUAUUUAAAAAAAAUCCAGAAAUCAUUACUUUGAUUUUUUUUUUAUUGUAAAGGAUUUACAAAUUACUUAUUUUCUUUUGGGCUCUUAUGAUUCAUAAGCAUUUAUACUUCUCAAUGAUUUCUAUUUUCAUUUUUUUUGACACAAAAAUGCAUGGCCAACCACAUUGUUAAAGCUAUUUACGAACAACCCGAGCGCAUUACGAAUUCCAAGCACAUUGAGAUACGCUCUGUGAGGUGAAGACUCCCAGCUGCACCUGUGAAACCAGCUGGAUGGAGAUUCUGCUCCGGAUUGUGUGGGACUGAGGGGACAGAAGCUCAGAGAAGCUCCACCUCUGCCUCUGUGCCCUGAGCUGUGACUGAAGCUUGGUCCUGGUAGGCCAGUGCUCACACCAUGAGCUCGUAGAGGUACCAGGAGUGCCAAAUGAUGGAUGGAGAGGUGCUCUGUCGUUCAGAUGCCAGACAGGGAAGCCACCAUAUAAUAAAGGUGGACGGUGAGUCUGUCCGACUCUCAAUGAUGGUUAUUUCUAAAGACCAAGGGAAACCGACAGGUGAAAUCUGUAGCCUAAAGAUCAAGGCCUUAUGUCUUAGAUCAUUUCAUUGCUUCUUUCUUCCCAAUUUAGUUCUUUUUCUGUAGAGGUUGACUGAGAAAAAGGAUGGCCAAUUGGAGUUCUGUCUCAUGUCUCCUUUGCUGUCCAAUCUUGGUUAAAGCACCAAAAUGUCUAAAAGGCAUGUAAUGGGAGAGGGAUCAGUUACUGAUUAAUUAAAUUUUAUAAAAAGACUAGAUUCCUUUAAAAUAAUUUAAUGCUUUUUAAAGCUCUUUUGUAGUUUCUGAGUUUACUGACUAGUAAACUCUGUUUACCUAGAAAAGUCAUUUAUGAGUCUUACAAAGAAGCAGUAUUUAGUAUAAAAAUUCCAUUCUCUAAUUUAUCACUUCAUAUACAAUUUUUAAAAAAAACACAUUUGUUAAUUUUGCCUACCAACCACUUUCUUUUCCUUUCAAAAUUAAACUUUCUUUGUAAUUUAUAAAUUAUAACUUGCGGUAACAUAUCAUCAGGAAAGACAUCAGAAAUUCCACAUCAUAGAAGAUCAUUGAUGUAGGCAAGUGAAGUACAUUUUGAAAAGUCUUUAGUAAUUGGGCUUCUUUACCUUAUAUGAAUAAUUUAAUAUACCCAUUCAUAACGGGUGUCUGUCAUCUUUGAAUUGUCGACAACUAGGAAUAAAAUUUAAGAAAUACUUAUCCAGUGCGGUACUUUCUUUUGUUAAAUUAGAAAAAUAUGGACCCUUUAUGGAAUUCACCCCGGAAUAGUUCUGGGAUGAUCAAUGUACAUGUAAUGUAUUUAUGAGUGCAAUAAAUUGGGUUUUGAUCAUACCUAGGUUGCCAACCCACUGCUUUGCUACUUUUUCUCCAGUAAGGAGCUGGAAAGAGAGUGUAGUGGGUAAGGCACUCACCCAAGUUCGAUCCCUGGCACCACUUAUGAACCUCUGAGC